AUGUCAAAUUCGGGAACUUUCUCCUACGCGCAAGCCGCGAGAGGGAAGCCUGCCACGGCCCAGGCCACUCCUCCCCAGGUGUCCAGUCCCGCUCCGCCGUCGACGAGCUCUCUGGGUAAGGAUGAUGCGGUCUCCACGACCACUACUGCCACAGCGCUCUCCUCGCAGCCAGCUUCGGAGAUCAUCGAGGACAAGCCCGCCAGCACAGAGUCGGACGCUGCCCCACAGAAGCAGGAUGCCGAGGUAGCAUCUGUUGGCGAGGCUGCCUCGUCGGCCGCCCCCGCAGCCGACCAGCCCUCGGCCACGGUCUCGCGAGACGACGCCACUUCUACGACCGGCUCUGUGCCUACGAGCAGCGAAAAGCCUGCCAAGACUGCGAGCGCCAACUCGCGUCAGGAUUCCAAUGACUCAAGGAAGGGUAAAAAGGGCAAGAAGGGCAAGCAGGCGGACAAGGACUCUGAGCAGGACCAGGCUCAACAGAAGGAGGCCGAGAAAGAAGCCGUCAAGAUCGCGCUGAAGGAGGCACCAGCACCCACCGUCAAUCCCUGGCACAAGCGCAUAGAGGCGCAAUCUGCACAGGCGAAGUCGGUUGCAGGCCAGGCGCCCAAGGUCGCGGCCGCGGUUACCGAAGGCGCUGCCGCCACCGCUCAGGAAGGCAGCAAGAAGCAAGGCACCGAGUCUGCCGAUGCCUCGGCAGCUGUGAAGACCCAGAAACGGGCUGGAGAUGCCCCUCGUCCCGGAGAGCAACGGAGAAGCGGUCCUAGAGGGAGCAGAUCCGACAAGGACGACAGGACAUCUGCCGCACUCCCAUCCGUGGAGGACGCCGCUGCCUGGCCGACCCCCGAGACCGCGGCUACCGCCGACGAAGGCAAGCCGAAAGCGACGGUCCAGGAGACCGAGCGUACCGAAAAGGAGAGCCAGGACGACAACGGUCUGGCCAAAUCAAAACAGAAGUGGGUCCCCGUACCAUUCGUACCAACUGUCGCCUUCCAGACGCCGCUCCCGCAGCGCACAACGAAGCCUCGUGGCGGUGGCCGAGGCGGUCGGGAGGUCAGCUCCAGAGGGGCACAAGGCAGUCCCACCGCCGCUACCGGUGAGAAAGUGAACGCCGCUUCCCCUACGACGACUGCUCCCGCGAAGGCAUCUGAAGGCCGGGAGACACAGCGUGAGAGUGCCAGCACUGGUCGAGCUUCAUCGCAGGGAGCACCCGCGCCCUCUAAGAGAGCAUCUAUCGAUGGAUCGUUCGCUCGGGAGCAGCGAAAGCCUUCAGCAACGACCUCGACGGAGCGGGCUAAGGACCCUGCUACUACAGAAGGAUCAGCAGUCGCCGGCAAGGCCGAGUCAAGCACGAGAGAUGCAGGUUUCCAAUCUUUCAAGGAACAGGGCCACAGCGGCCGUGAGAGGUCGGAUGCCCGCCAUGAGCGCGGCGGCCGGGGCGGUUACCGGGGUGGUCGCGGUGGCCACAAUGGCCACGCUGCGGCAAGUCACAUCAACCAAGCAGGUUUCCCACCUAACGGCCAGCGAUAUUCGUCCCACGGCGUGUAUUCGCCCCAGCAACAGAACCCCUACAGCCCACCGCCAGGCCAGUAUGCCUUUAGCGGUCACGGUUCGAGAAACGGCCGCGGCAAUGCUAGGUCGCAAUCGCUCACAAACGGUCCUUCGUACAGUGGCCGCGCUGCUAACGGCGGCAACAACGCCCAGCGGACUCACUCUCUCCAGACGAGCGAGUUGCCCCAGGAGUACCAGAUGCAUGGCUACAAUGGCUUCUCGCAAUUUCCCUCGCCCUUCCAGGAUCCUGAUCUGAUCCACGGCUUGAAGCUGCAGGUCGAGUACUACUUCUCUCUCGACAACCUGUGCAAGGAUACCUUCCUUCGCAAGAACAUGGACUCGCAAGGCUUUGUGCUGCUGUCCACCGUGGCCAGUUUCCAGCGCAUGGCUGCCCUGGCGCCGUCGUUAGACUUUGUGCGCCUGGCUUGUGCUCAGUCCGAAAAGAUUGAUUACGUUGUGGGUGACGAUAAUGUCGAGAGGCUUCGAUCCCGUGAGAAGUGGGAGAUGUUCCUCAUGCCCAUGGACGAGCGUGAUCAAGGAGCUCGAACUGCCGGUCCUGCCCACUUCCAGUGGCGAUCUCACGACAGGAUACCGCAGGCCCCAUAUCCCGGCCAGAUGAUCCCAUCUGCCUACCCAGCAGUGUCACCGACCGGAUAUGGUCAGCACUAUGGCCAGAACGGCACCGAUCAGAUGUACUCAUUCUAUCCCAAUGGCAUGCACGCUGAACCUAACGUGAACGGCGGUGCCGUGAAUGGCUUCCACUACCCUGGCGAAUCGCAGCUGUCCGCCACUGUGGCCGACUUUGCACCCUCCGGCUUUGCCGGCCCGGCGGUCACGCUCGACGACUUUCAGAACUGGCCUGAUGAGCAGGUGGACAGCUUCAUGGUCAACUUGAGUGACGAGCGGGCCCAGUCAGCUGGCGAAGAGAAGAGCAACCCGGCGGUCGUGAAUGGAUCCAAGGAGUCCUCCAGCAAUGCCUCGAACGUAGAACAGUCCAAGGAGGCACCUCGGACGAAUAGCGUCUCCUACACCAAGCUCCGCUCGAGGGCGCUUGAGCAACGCAAGGCCGCGGCUCCCGGUGAGACCCCGCCUGAGAUGAGGGAUCUCUAUGCUUUCUGGUCGCAUGCCUUGACUGAGCACUUCAAUGCUCGCAUGUACCAGGAGUUCAAGGAUUUCGCUCUCGAAGAUGGCCGCAAGGAGACGCCCAGCAAGACGGGUCUGAACCGCCUGAUGAGCUAUUACCACAAGAUCCUGAGCCAGGAGCGAAGCUGGGCUGCUGGCAAACCAUUCCACGAGUUCUUCACUCCUCAUUACGAGGAGGCGAAGCAGGUUGCCCAGUCGAUGGGUCUCGUUAACGGCGAGGGACGGAAUUAA